UCUAAUAGAUCUUAGGACACUUGUUCAAAAUUUCAGAAAUCUGAAGUCCUAGGCUCUCUCACAGAGAUGUAUCUCAGUGCUACAAAUCACCGCAUACCCCUAAAUGAUGGAAACAGCAUUCCUAUCAUUGGGCUGGGUACCUACUCAGAUCCUAAGCUGACCCCUAAGGGGGCCUGUGCGACAGCAGUGAAGAUAGCCAUCGACGUCGGGUACCGGCACAUAGACGGGGCCUACGUGUACAAGAAUGAGCACGAGGUCGGGGAGGCCAUCAGAGAGAAGAUCGCAGAAGGCAAAGUGCGGAGAGAGGAUAUUUUCUACUGCGGGAAGCUUUGGUGUACAGAUCAUGACCCAGAGAACGUCCGCCCGUGCCUAGAGAGGACGCUCAGGCUCCUCCAGCUAGAUUACGUCGAUCUUUACAUCAUUGAGUUACCCAUGGCUUUUCAGCCUGGAGAUGCAAUACUUCCUAAAGAUGAGAACGGCAAAUGGUUAUAUCACAAGACAGAUCUAUGUGCCACUUGGGAGGCUUUGGAAGCUUGCAAAGAUGCUGGCCUGGUGAAAUCUCUUGGUGUAUCCAAUUUUAACCGCAGGCAACUGGAGCUAAUCCUGAACAAACCAGGACUCAAGUAUAAGCCAGUCAGCAACCAGAUUGAGUGCCACCCAUAUUUCAUCCAGACAAAACUCCUGAAAUUUUGCCAACAACAUGACAUUGUCAUUGUUGGAUAUAGCCCUUUGGGGACCAGUAGAGAUCCAACAUGGGUGAAUGUAUCCUUCCCAUCUUUGCUAAAGGACACACUUCUAAACUCAUUGGGGAAAAAGUACAACAAGACAGCAGCUCAAGUUGCUUUGCGUUUCAACAUCCAGCGAGGGGUCGUUGUCAUUCCUAAAAGCUUUAACCCUGAAAGGAUCAAAGAAAACUUUCAGAUCUUUGACUUUUCUCUCACCGAAGAAGAAAUGAAGAGCGUCGAAGCCUUGGAUAAAAAGGUCCGCUUGGUGCAACUGCUCAUGUGGAGUGAUCAUCCUGAAUACCCAUUUCAUGAUGAAUACUGACUUCGGAGAGCUCCUGAACUGAUGUUUCCCUCUCGUGUGUGCCAGAACCUUUGGCUGGAGCCUCCCCUCAGAUGAAGUGGUGAUGGGUCUAACUUCUGUGUGACGUAUGGCUUUGAUUUGGCUAUGUUGAAAAAGGUUAAAUCUGUUGAAAUAAUGGUUUGGAGGUAAUUAAGUGGUUGACAAAACCAAACUGAUUUGGUGGUUGUUACCAUUCAAUGUGUGUUUAAUUAGUUUUUACCCAGCUUUAGGGAUAGAUAACUGCUAGUUCUUUCUUGUAUGCUUUAAAGGGCCUGAGCUUCACUUAACUGGUGACCCUUAUUUACACUUCUAAUGGUGGUCACACAUCAUAUAACCAUCAUUAUGCAAAAGGACUUGAGACUAUCAGCAUAUGCAUAUAAAACCCUGUAUGGUGAGCCAGUCCAAAGACGAUUAUUUUGAAAGAAGGCAUUUUAGAAAGGGGCUUUUGGGCAGAAAAUUGAAAAAAGAAGCUUUAUAAAAUUAUUAUACUUAAGAUUUUAAAAGUGUUUUUGAGAUAAUUAUGUAAAUUUCCAGAUAGCAAUUUCAAAAGAACACUGGUAAUUGUGCUGUAUGUGAUUUUUUUAAGUGAAUAAGAAAGUUAUUAGAAUUUCACAAUAGAGAUAUACUUAUUUUCAAUUAAACUAAAGCAAUAUAUUUUAUUCAUUCACAUUAGGUCACUUUCACAGGGUAAGAAAGGUCUUCAAAAAUUAUAUUUGUCUGAACACAUAAUCUUCAAUGACCUGAAAACAUACACUUCUGAGAAAUUAUCACUUAAAAAAUUGACCUCGACUAAUUAUUUCCACUGGUUCCAAUAUUAAUACGUAUAAUGUUGUCCUCUGGAAAAUGUUCUAUUCAAAAAAAUUAAAAAUAAACUGUGAGGAUUUGCUCCACCA